GCGACUGUGCCAACCAGCGCGAGAGUUGAUCGAGAGAAACGCGGGCUUAUUAUCACGCCGGCGUAACUCACAUGUCACGCAGUCGAGGUUAAAAUAAAUUAUUUAAAAACAACUUUGAAUUUUUGAAAGAAAGAUAUCAUUAAAAUGGGUGACUCCGAUCUGAACGAGCUGCUGCGGAAAGCCGAGCAGAUGGCCGCCGACGUCGAGGGCAACGGAGAGCUACCACAGGUCGAGAGGAAUCUACGACAGAUUCUGGACGGAUCCAACGAGAUCUGGUCGCAAAUGACGCAAACUGGAUCCCAAGACAAUCAAGUCCAGGCGCAUCUUCUUUUGGGCUCCAAAGGCAUAGAUCUGCAGCAGAUAUCGCAAAAGUUAAAUUCGCUCAGCACUAGACGUACGUUUGAACCACUCGACCCAAUAGCAGAUACUGAUAUUCCUAGUUUUUUGAAAAAUGAGAAAGAAAAUGCUAUUUUGUCCAUCAUUGAACAAGUUCACAGAGAUACUUUUGAGCAAAACCGUGCUCAAACCUUGGAACACAUUCUUGGGGAGUGGAAACAAAUGAGAACUGAAAUUAUGAAUUCUAUGACAGCACCAUCGGGAGAAUUGGUUGACUUACGAGGAACACCUCAGCGUACCAAGAUUGCUGGUUCAAUCACCACUAACUUGACUAAUGUUGAAGCUGCAUAUGCCAAAGAACUUCAAAAUUACAAUGAACACGUUCUUAAAGGAAUUUCCAGACCUAAUUUGUUUGUGUGUUUUGCUAAGGCUGCUGAAACAUUUAAUGACAAAAAAAUUGUUGAUAUGUGGCAAAUGGUCAAGAGCAUGGUAGAACUCCCUCCAGUGCCAGGUGGUGAUCAAAUAAAAUCAAGAACUUCCACCAUUGUUGAACAAAAAAUUGUAUCAUUAGCUAGGAAAUACUUAGAAGGCAGAUACAAGGAGUUUAUGAAUGCCAUAGUAAAUGAAAAUUUAGCUCAAGCUAAAAGAGGAGGUAUUCCAGGUACAUUACCUCUGGUAAAAAGUUUUGUUGGUAUCAAAGUACAGAAUAUGAGAGAUUUGGAAGAAAUUAUUAUUGAAGACAGACCGCUCUGGCCAUUAGUUUAUUAUUGCAUAAGAGCUGGUGAUCUCAAAGCUGCCUUACAAUGCAUUAAUCAGUGCGGAGAAGCUUUUCAUGAAUUCCGAACUGCUCUAGAAGAGGCAAUUCAAGAUCCUCACCGUAGACCAAGCCCUCGAUCUGAAGCUACUUUAAAACUUCAUUACAGAAAACACGUAAGAUCAGUUAGCGAUCCUUAUAAGAAAGCAGUUUAUUGUGCCCUUGUGCCUUGUGAACCCGAUGAUUUGCAUACAGAAGUUAUGUCUGCUGCUGAUGAUUAUUUGUGGCUAAAAUUAUGUCAAGUCAGAGAACAAUCAGAAACAGAUCACAAACUGACCUUAGAUCAUCUACAAACUACUAUUUUGGAAGUUUAUGGUGAAUCUUACUAUCAUGCUCAUGAGCAACCGUUAUUGUACUUUUCAAUGUUAUUUUUAACUGGUCAGUUUGAGUCAGCUAUUGAAUUUUUGGCUAGAGGAGCUGGAGCAAAACAUCUGUGCCAUGCCGUUCAUUUAGCUGCAGCUAUGCAUGAGCAUAGUUUACUGGCAACGAGUCAAAGUGUUGUGUCACCAUUAAUGAGUGUAGAUCCAGCAGAUAAACAUCCUGCUAAAAGAUUGAAUUUUGCCAGAUUAAUUUUACUAUAUGUGAAGAGAUUUGAAGCAUCUGAUCCAAAAGAAACAUUGCAAUAUUUGUUUUUGUUGAGAAGUAUGAAAGAUCCAUAUGACAGAAAUAUGUUUGCUGCAUCAGUUGCAGAGAUGGUUGUUGAAUCUCCAGUAAAUAAUCGUUCACUUCUUGUUGGAAAACUUGACAAAGAUAGACGUUUGCCUGGUUUAGUCGAUCAAUUCCAGAUUAACACUGAAGAUAUUAUAAAUAUUAGUGCAGAAACACUAUACAAAAGAGGCAUUCUUGAAGAUGCAAUUAUGAUGUAUGAUCUUGCAGGAAAUCAUGAAAAAGUAUUAAGUCUCAUAUGUGUGUUGUUGGCUCAAAUAGUUAGUCAAAGAACUUCUCCAGGUUCACUUAGGUCUAGAUUACAAGUUCUAUCAGCAGACAUUAGUUCUAGGUAUCAAGGAUUACCAAUUCAAGCGCCUGCAGAGUUAGUUGCAUCUUUCUACACUUUAAGGGAUCUCAUGGUAUUUUUUGAUCAAUUCCAUAAUGAACAGUACCAAAAUGCAUUGAGGACAAUAGCAGAAUCCAAAUUAUUGCCACUAAAUGUUAGAGAAGUUGAUGAACGUGUCACCGCUCUAAAACAUGUUUCCCCUGAAGUUUCUGGCACUUUGGCUGAUGUUUUACUCGCUACUAUGACUAUUCUCUACCGUCAGUACCAAAAAUUAAAGUCUUCUGAUCCAGGAGAUGAAAUAGCCAGAGAGCAGCAAUUGAAAGAUUUGCGUCAACAAGCAAGAGCUUUGACCAGCUUUGCUGGAACAUUACCUUACAGAAUGCCCAAUGAAACCAACAGUAAAUUAGUUCAAAUGGAAAUUUUAAUGCAUUGAUGAAGAUUUUAUUUGUAAUAAUUACUGUAACUUGUUUUGUAUAUGUAAACUAAAUAUUUUUAUAAGUAAAUUUUAAAAAUUCAGAUAUAUAUAAAAUCAUUGAAAUAACGUUUUAUUUUUAAACGUACAACAAGACAUCUGUAUAAUUUUCAGUACUCUCAUGAAUGAAUUCUUUGAAUAGUAUUUUAUUAUUUUUAAAGAAUAUAAACAGAUUCAAUUUUUCAAA